CUGGACCGCGGCCCCGAUAUCUGACUGUGUCACCUCUAAAUCGCAAGUGCUGUAAUUUCCUCGCACAUAUUGUAUGCCUAAGGUGUGGAUUCACAUCUGAUCACCGGUACGCAACUACUUGGGGGCAACUGGAUUCCUCCAGCGAAAACUCAUUCAUCAACCGAUAUGAUUUCUACGGAAACACGCCGCUCCAUUGCGCAGCUGCUGGCGUUGUCCAGGAUGGGUUUUGGAAGCUUCGCCAUCGGUCUCUCCUUUGGCCGGGGGUGGAAGUUUCUCGUUGCAAUACAAUGGGAGAAACGUUUCUGCAUAUCCUGUGCCGAAGCGGCCCAAGAACACCAAAAGACAGUGCAGACUUCUUGUUGCUUUUAAUGGAUCUUUGUGUCACCGAUUUUCCUUUCUCGAAACGCGACUGCCAUGGUCGCACGAUACUGCACAUAUUGUUCCAAUACUCAGAUGGUCAACACAGCAUUGAAUUUCUCGCAGAGAUGUUCAGCAUCAUGAAACCAGAUUUAGGGGUGAAGGAUAAUGCUGGAUUUUGUGUUCAGGAGUAUCUGGAACAGCUCGACCAAGGUGCAAUAUAUAACCGGGGACUCAAAGCUUUGGUCAAGAGAACGAGUGCGCUCUCCCACCCACCCAUCUUUCUCCCCAAUUUCCAUACCAACUGCUUUUCCUAUUAUGACGAAAAGGUUCUUAAAGCCUGGCUUGAAAAUAAUAUCAAGCCUGGGAAAAUCACAUGGAUCGACAAUGCUGGGGACAACCCGCUGAUAGCCAUGCUCAAAUUCUGGACACAUGAUACAUCCAGAGACUGGUUUCUCGCGGAAGCUGCAGAGAGAAUGAUCCAGUCAGGAGAUGUAAUCCACAUGAGAGACAGAGAUGGCGACACUGCACUGGCCAUCGCUGCACGGCGGGGGUUCCGACCAGUGGUAAGCCUCCUUAUCGAAAAUGGGGCUAUUGUUCAUAGCCGCAAUUACCGGGGCGUUGGAAUACUCAGACAGGUCGAACAAUCUCUAGCUCAGGAUCAAGCAAAAUCAGACCCGGGUUUAUGGUCUCGUCUUUGGAGCUGUCAAAUAGCUUUAAUCGACGCGGGAGCGAUCGUUGAUCCCACUGAGCGAGAUGAAUGGAUGUCUCCAUCGUCAAGGCUUUUGGUCGAGAAAGAGUUCGCGUACCGUGCCUCAGCUAGUAAACCAUUACCAACGCCAUACCCAAACCGUAGUGACGGAUUAUAAUGGCGACUGCUAACAUUGGGAUCUGGUGGUGAGGCUUCUCUAAUGCCAGCUACUUUUUCACAAAACAUCUGCUUCCACAGUCUUAGCUCUGGAUUAGCACAGUGAGUUCUGCUUUUUUUCCUGUGGAAAUCACUCGAUCAGUUGCAAGGGAGGGUUUGAUGGCCAUGUAUAUGGUUCAUGAGAGUUGCGCUUGUCUCGUAUCAAUUCAGUGCAAUGUUUAAGCGCUCAGUUUAAGUUUAGUCUCUGUGCCUCAGAAAUCUUGUUGCCGGUCUCAUCUCGUGGACUAUGGGGUUUUCAGAGUUUUCAGCGCAGAGUAGCCAUUCUGUCAGUUGCCAUACACGUGAUUCCCCCCUUUUUGGUUAGCUCAGCUGCAGAGGCAUAUAAACCCUUCGCUGAACCGUAUUUCUUUGUAC